UUCUUUUUCCGGGUCGCAGAAUUUAUCAGCACACCCAUGAAUGUGUGAGCUAGCGGGCCCGGCAGCUUCCUUCACUUAAAACAACACAAAACAAACCACCAGCUGAAAGAGGAGACACAAGCGGACAUUUAAACACUCGAGAACAUCCAGGUGUAUCGUCCUGUAACCAUAUGACACAGCGAUGCCGGGGCUCAGCUGUCGAUUCUACCAGCACCGGUUCCCAGAGGUGGAGGAUGUCGUGAUGGUGAACGUGAGGUCCAUCGCGGAGAUGGGCGCCUACGUCAGCCUUUUGGAGUACAACAACAUCGAGGGCAUGAUCCUCCUGAGCGAGCUGUCGCGUCGACGCAUCCGCUCCAUCAACAAGCUCAUCCGCAUAGGCCGCAACGAGUGCGUGGUCGUCAUCCGAGUAGACAAAGAAAAGGGAUACAUCGAUUUAUCAAAAAGAAGAGUUUCGCCCGAGGAGGCCAUCAAGUGUGAAGAUAAAUUCACCAAAUCUAAAACUGUGUACAGCAUCCUGCGACACGUGGCCGAGGUGCUGGAGUACACAAAGGACGAGCAGCUAGAGAGCUUGUACCAGCGCACCGCCUGGGUGUUCGAUGAGAAGUACAAGCGGCCUGGAUACGGAGCGUACGACGUCUUCAAACAGGCUGUAUCAGAUCCUGCCAUCCUCGACGGUUUGGACUUAACGAAGGAAGAGCGGGACGUGCUGAUCGAUAACAUCAACAGGCGACUCACUCCACAGGCCGUCAAAAUCAGAGCAGACAUUGAAGUGGCGUGUUACGGGUAUGAGGGAAUCGAUGCCGUGAAGGAGGCUCUGAGGGCCGGACUGGGCUGCUCCACAGAGGCCAUGCCCAUCAAGAUCAACCUGAUCGCUCCACCUCGCUACGUGAUGACAACGACCACUCUGGAGCGCACGGAGGGCCUGUCUGUCCUCAACCAGGCCAUGGCUGCUAUCAAGGAGAAGAUCGAGGAGAAGAGAGGCGUCUUCAACAUCCAGAUGGAGCCGAAGGUGGUGACAGACACAGACGAGACGGAGCUUGCCCGGCAGCUGGAGAGGUUAGAGCGGGAGAACGCCGAGGUGGACGGAGACGACGACGCCGAGGAGAUGGAGGCCAAAGCAGAGGACUAGAGUCGAGUCCUCGGAGGAAGGCUGGUGUGAGGGAGCGGGGGGAAGGGUGGAUUUAAAAAAAACAAAACAAAACAAAAAAAACAUCAGGAAAACAUGCGGGAACGACCUGUCCGCAGUCACUCAGUCCAACAAAUAACUUUCACAGCGCAAACAUUAACUGGAGUUAGUAUCUUAUUGGCAAACGUCCCGGUUUGUUCAUUAGAAAGGUUUCAGGAGACGCUCGUCUUCUUUUCCAGACACGGACCUCCAAGGAAAGUUAAAUUACAAAUUAAACAUCAGCGUAGUUUCUGUUUUCAAGCACACCAAUUUGAAUAACUCUAAUAAACACAAGCAGUGGCCUUCACUUACCUCUUGCUUUAAGAGCCCAGUGUCUUCAGUAUCCACGGCGCUUCAUCUCUGGCUGUGAUCGAUGACGAAAGAGGAAACGCAUAAGCUCGUCUGUCUGAACGCCGGUCAGCGGUGACUUUAUGUGCUGUUCUUCUCUUCCAGUUUAAGAGUUUUUACUGGUCAGACCUGCUUCUGUUUAGCUCACACGGCAUCAAUAAAGUUCUGGAAGUUUUGA